CCGCCGCGCGCAGAGAAGAUGGCGGCCGCCACGGGGCGUGCGGCGGGAGCCGCGCCGCCGGGAUAUACGGCUCUGGCGGUGAAGUUCGCGGAGCGGCAGCGCUCGCACCACUGCCUGUUGGUGAAGGAGCACCAGGUGCGGGAAGGGGCCGACACCGCGCACCCGCCUCGCCGCACCCUCUUCGUCCUCAACGUGCCCCCGUACUGCGGCCCGGACUCUUUGUCUAGGCUGUUCUCUCGCUGCGGGCAUGUGCAGUCUGUGGACAUCCGUGACAAGGCAGGGCCAGGAGAGAAAAAAGAUAAACUGGCGUCCAAAUUCUUUGACCACAAAACUCUAAAGGGAUUUCAAGUAGCAUACGUGGUGUUCAGGAAACCAGCAGCUGUCCAGGCAGCCAAGGCUCUAUCACAGGAAGGUCCUUUGCUAAUAUCAACAGAGAGCCACCCUGUGAAAACCGGCAUCAGCAAGUGGAUCGCCAGCUAUGAGGCCUCCAUCGUGGAUCCGAAGGAGCUGAAGGCUGAGGUGGAUGCCUACAUGCAAGACUAUGAUAAAAAGAUGGCAGAGGAAGAAGCCAAAGCAGCCAAGGAGGAGGGUGUUCCAGAUGAGGAGGGCUGGGUGAAGGUGACCCGGAAGGGCCGGAAGCCCGGCCUGCCCCGGACAGAGGCUGCCAACCUGCGUGUGCUGGAGAAGGAGAAACAGAAAAGGGCCCGCAAAGAACUGCUCAACUUCUAUGCCUGGCAGCAUCGCGAGACCAAGAGAGAGCACAUUGCCCAGUUGAGGAAGAAAUUUGAGGAGGACAAGCAGAGGAUUGCACUGAUGCGAGCCCAGCGCAAGUUUCGGCCAUACUAGGUUGUACUGAGCUGUUCUUCAGGUGCUUGUGCUGGAGAGGGUAGGAGAGAUGCCUACUGACUCCAUUUGCCAAAGGAUUUUGAGGAAUUGAGGCAGCUUUGGGUUGCCUCUACCCUUGGAUCUGAAAUUGGAGAUCCCAGCAACUGCUGCUGGAAGAAAGUUCCCUUUACUUGCACCAGUAUCCUCCUGCUUUUCUGUCAUUCAGCCCCAUGGCACCACUUCUCAGGGUGCUCAGGUCAAGGGGCUGAAGCACAUCCUGUGACAACAUGUAUCUCCCUGUCACCCAAAACCACAGCUCCUAAAGCUUGGUGAGAACUGGGAUUGACCUAGCACAGCCUCUGCAGGGGCAGGGAAUGGCUGAAGAACUGUAAAUAAACUGCUGCUACUGUUUUCAGAACA